AUGAAACCUCUUCCCUCAAUUGAUGCUGCACUGGACGAUGUACUACAACAUGAACAGAAAUUGAAAGGUGAAAAGGGAGGUAGUGCAAGAGGGGUACAGUCUGUAGCACUUGCAGUUCCAGGAGACAAAACAAAAGGGUUUGAUGGUAGUAAUUAUGGCAGAGAUACCAAAAAUGUGCAAGAUGCAGAUAAGAAGUUCUGUAGGUACUGCAAGAAAGAUGGACAUGUUAAGGAAGAAUGUUACAGGCUUAAGAACAAGAAGGCAAGAAUGAAUGAAGGAAAUACAAAUGCACCUUUUGCUGGUUCUGUGUCCCAGUCUCCUUCACAAAGCAGUGAUUCUGGAUCAUCUGUUAGUGGCUCCACACUUGACAAGUCACAGUCCUCUACAAUCAGCUUCACUGAUGAUGAACUUGCCAAGCUGAAGUUUCUCCUGAAUCAUUCUGACAGCAUGAGUCCAUCUCCACCUGCCUCACCAUCUAUCAAGCAUGUUGCUUUCUCUGUCUCACAUCACCUGCCUCCUCAACCAAAUUUUUCUGGUAAAUAUGUGCUUACCUCUCACUUGCAGCAAGGUUUAUUAGCUUUAGCACAGAACUGGAUUCUUGAUACGGGAGCAUCUAAUCACAUAGCAUGCACAUUGUCUAGUUAUACUAAGGUCAUUCCAGUAUCAGGCCAAUUUGUUUAUCUUCCAAAUGGUUCUAAAGUCCCAGUCAGCCAUAUUGGUUCAGUAACACUGUUUCCAGGCUUAACACUAGAUGGUGUUCUGCUAGUUCCUUCUUUCACCUUUAACCUUGUCUCUAUCAGUCAGCUUACACAUCAACUUCCCAUUUCUUUGCACUUUGAAUCUGACUCUUGUCAUAUUCAGGACCUCUUAACCAAGAACCAGAUUGGUUUGGCAAGACAAAUUAAGGGUCUCUAUCACCUCCUUCCUACACCAAGUAUACCUCAAGUAGCUGCUACUUACAACUUUCAGCCUCAAUCCAUUCAGCUCUGGCAUUGGAGAUUAGGCCACCCAAGUCAAGCUAGGGAACAACAGAUUCUUGGUUGUAAUAGGGAGAUUGUCAAACAUUGUUCUACUUGUCAUUUGGCCAAACAGAAAAGGCUUCCCUUUCCUCUUAGUGAUAGCAAAGCAAAUUCUCCCUUUGACUUAAUCCAUGUAGACAUUUGGGGUCCUCUUGCUGUGAAGUCCCACGAUGGUUUUUCCUAUUUUCUUACCUUGGUGGAUGAUAAUACUAGAAGUGUAUGGGCGUAUUUGAUGAAAUCUAAAUCUGAAGCCAGUGAGUUUCUCCAGCAGUUUUGUGUUAUGAUCCAUAGACAGUUUAACACUGCAGUAAAAGCUAUCAGAAGUGACCAAGGAAACGAAUUCCAUAUGUCUGAAUUUUAUGCUUCCAAUGGAAUUGAACACCAAACUUCAUGCGUGGAGACACCUGAGCAGAAUGCAAGGGUAGAAAGGAAGCACCAACACAUUCUCAAUGUGGCACGAGCCCUUAGAUUUCAAUCCAACUUACCUCUUUCUUUCUGGAGUGACUGCAUUUCUCAUGCAGUGUAUCUAAUCAACCGUAUUCCUUCUCCAAUAACCAACAAUCUUUCUCCUUUCCAAUUACUCUACAAGAAACCACCUUCUCUCAGUCACCUUAGAGUAUUUGGCUAUUUGUGUUAUGCCUCUACUCUCCUUCGAGACAGAACCAAGUUUGAUCCUCGUGCCAGGCAAUGUUUAUUUCUUGGUUAUCCUCCUGGUGUCAAAGGGUAUAAGUUAUUUGACUUAAACUCCCAUCAAUUCUUUCUCUCACGAAAUGUGGUCUUCUAUGAACACAUUCUCCCUUACAGACCCUCAGCCCAAUCAUCUUCAUCCAUUGCACCAGUUUCUGAUCCUAUCUUUCCUAUUACCACCCCACUUCCACCUGAUUCCUCUGUUCCUUCUUAUCCUUCUCAGAAUGCACCCUCUGCUUCCACUUCUCUUCCUAGUCCUUCAACACCUUAUACUUCUCAUCCUAGCCCUUCACCUUCAACACCUUCUACCACUCAAUCUCCUACUUCUAAUCUAGGGGCUGAACCACAUGAGAUGUUUGGUGUGCAUUCUGAUGGGGAGGAGGAUACUGAGCUUUGUGUUCAAGAAGAAAUAGAGGAAGGGGUUGAACCUGUGAUAAGGAAAUCUGAUAGAUUAAAGCAGGUUCCAUUUUGGCACAAAGAUUUUGUGUUCACUGGUACUGUCAGCAAGCAUUCUAUACAACAUGUCUUGUCUUUUGAUCAUUUACCACAGUCUCACAGGACAUAUGUAUUGAAUGUGAUGAAUUCAGUUGAACCUACCAGCUAUGAGGAAGCAUCUAAAGAGUUGUGUUGGAGGAAUGCCAUGACUGCUGAGUCUGAUGCAUUGGAGGCUAAUCAGACCUGGGAUUUGGUGAUACCACCUCCUGGAGUUAGACCAAUAGGUUCUAAGUGGGUAUAUAAGAUUAAACACAGGUCAGAUGGCACUAUUGAAAGACAUAAAGCAAGAGUGGUUGCAAAGGGAUUCACUCAAAUAUAUGGUAUUGACUUCUUAGACACGUUUUCUCCUGUGGCUAAGAUUAAUUCAGUGAAAGCACUGUUAGCAGUUGUUGCUUCUAAGGAUUGGCAUAUCCACCAGAUGGAUGUGUCCAAUGCCUUUCUACAUGGUGAUUUGAAUGAAGAUGUGUACAUGAAGGUACCCCCUGGAAUACCAGUACCAGAUAAGAGGAUGGUUUGCAAAUUAAAAAAAUCUUUGUAUGGUUUGAAGCAGGCCAGUAGACAAUGGUUUGCCAAACUGACUGCUUCCUUAUUGAAGAAUGGCUUCUCACAGGCUGCUUCUGAUUACUCUAUGUUUACCAAAAGGGUUCAAGGCAGAAUGCUAGUGGUACUUGUCUAUGUUGAUGACAUCCUUAUAGCUGGAAGUUCAUUAGGAGAUGUUGAGCAGGUUAAGAUUUAUCUGGGAAGAGAGUUUAAGGUAAAGGAUUUGGGGGAGCUGAAGUUUUUCCUGGGAUUAGAGGUCUACAGAGAUCACAGAGGUAUCUUUGUAAACCAAAGGAAAUAUUGUGUUGAUCUCCUGGAUGAUGUUGGUUAUAUGGAGGCCAAAGAUUGUGUGUCACCUGUGGAUUAUAAAGUGAAGCUCUCUGCCAAACAAGGAGAACCUCUACCUAAUCCAGAAGUCUACAAAAGACUCAUAGGUAGACUCCAUUAUUUAACCAUAACGAGACCAGAUCUUACUUAUGCUGUUCAACAGCUCUGUCAGUUCCAGAAGGACCCUUAUUCUGAGCAUCUACAAGCUGCAUUUAGGGUGCUAAGGUAUCUUAAACAUGCCCCUGGCCAAGGUUUAUUGUUUAAGGCAGACACCAACUUAGAGAUUCAAGGCUACUCAGACUCGGAUUGGGCCAGCUGUCCCGACACAAGGAGGUCAGUGACUGGAUAUUGUACUGUUCUUGGUGAUUGCUUGCUGACAUGGAAAUCAAAGAAACAAACGACAGUUUCCAGAAGUUCUUCUGAAGCAGAAUAUAGAGCAUUAGCUCAGUUGGUCUGUGAAUUGCAAUGGAUUAGAAGCUUGCUAGCUGAAAUGGGGGUCAAAAUUCCUCUUCCAAUUGAAGUGUUUUGUGAUAACAAGUCAGCUAUUCACAUAGCUGAAAACCCUGUCUUCCAUGAGAGGACAAAACAUAUUGAAAUUGAUUGCCACAUUACCAGGGAACGUCUAAAGUCAGGGUUGAUCAAGCUGAGUCAUGUUAGGACUGAUGAUCAGUUAGCUGAUUUGUUUACCAAGGGAGUAACUCGUUACAGGUUGGACUAUUUACUUCGCAAGUUGGGAGUUACUGAUUUACACUCGCCAACUUGUGGGGGAGUGUCAAAGAGCUUGUCCAAUUCCCAGAAUGCAGAAGAAGAGAAGGUGUCUUGA